AACACUUUCAUAUGGAAAGUUGAAUAAAAUGGCGUCGGAAAGUGACUUCAAAAAACUGUUGCUGGAUAUAAUUGAUCAGUUAGAGAAUAAAACUUUUGAAGACCUGAGGUAUAUUGUACGAGAACAUAGGAAUAUUUCUGAAGAGGAUAGUUUGGGGGAUACAGCAAAAGAAUUCCUAGAAUGCCUAGAGAAUAAGGAAAUUAUAAGCAAAGACAACGUAACUUAUUUAAAAACUGCAUUCAAGGAAAUAAAACACUGUAGGAACAGAAAUAAAAUCCUUUGUAUGCUUUGUGAAUAUGAAAGCAAGCAACAAAUGAUCCACUCAGCAAAGGAGAGUUCCAUGUGGCAGGAGCUCGUGCCAAACUUCAUUGAGACUGCAAAGUGUUAUGAAGUUGAAGAACGUUUUAAAAAAGAAAACCUGGUAGUCUUAAACGGGAUAUCAGCUUCUGGAAAAUCACAAAUUUGCAUUUGGUAUGCUUCCAAAUUUCGAAAAAAACAAACAACAUGCAAACUUCGGUGUGUUAAUGAAGAUGACUUGUUAACCAGCUUCAGGGACUUUCUUGAAUUUUCCAAGAUGAAAUUUGAACGACGGACAGAAACAAAGGGAGACUACAUUAAGCAUAUGGCGGAAGUUGCAAUGUCUUUGAUUGAGAGUGGAAACAAAAUCGGAAAACAAUAUCUGUUUGUAUUUGACGACGUCACUGAAAUGACCUGUAAGGUGGUUGAACACAUCAUUCAUUCAUUUCAAAGUGCGGAGAAUGUUAAAAUACUAUGCUCUACUAGCUACGCAAAAUUCUACGAGCAAUGUACUGAUAAGGAUGUUUUCGUGAAAGUGGAAGGAGUUUCGCCAUCAGAAGCUCUGAAAUUCUUUAAGGAACAAGUUAAAAUGAAGAAUUCAGAAAAGGACAUCAAGGAUUUAGCAAUCAAAAUGGGACAUCUGCCAUAUGGUUUGGUUCUCGCAAAUUCCUAUAUAUUUACCACUGGAAUGCCGGUGAAAAAGUAUGUAGAACAACUCUCGCAGAAAGAAUUUCUUGAAACAGUUGAAAAAUUGAUAAGAGGAACGAGUCAAGAAUAUGACAAAGGGUUGAUUUCAGCACAGAUGCUUGCCGUUAACAAAGUGGAGGAAUCUUCAUCAGUUCAUGUGAAAUCACUGUUGCGUUUCAUACCUUUUCUGCAUCACAGCAGAAUUCCGAUUAGGUUACUGAGAAAACUACUUCCAGAAAUCAUUGACAACAGGGACAAAGACACCGUUAUUUAUGACUUAAUAGCGAACGUCCGAAAGUACUGUAUUGGUGAAAUUGAAUCAGAAAACCACACACAAGCAAUCUCCAUCCACGCAGUAACAGCUUUGGUGUUAGAGCUCAGAUUAACCGCGGAUGAAAAGGAGACAGCCAUACAGGACUUGCUGUGUUUCUUUUGCAAAAAUAUUAGUAUUGAUUGCAGGCUUCAUUUAACUUUGACCAGCAACUUAGAAUAUCUGCCUCAUGCUACGAAAAUUACGGUACAUGCAGUUCAGAUUAAAUCAUCGAAAGAGCAAAAGUGCGUAUUUCUCUUGUGCGCCCUUCACGCAGCCAUUGGGGUGAGUUACAGAGUCGGAGGAAUAGAAGGCUUAUUAGCAGACGAACAUUUAAACAAAGCAAAAUCACUUUGUUUUCAGCUCAUUGAUGAACCUGAUCCCGAGUCGUUUAUGCUCACAAAAGAAGAAAUCGAUUCUUUAGAAAGCACAGGAUAUAUUGGUGAAAGCAAGAAAGACUUAUUCCGGUCAGACAGUACAUUUAAAAUAUUUUCUCAACUUUUUGCAAAUCAAGAAGAAAUAACAAAUGUUAAAACAGAUCGCGAGAGUGAGUUAGAAAAACACUACCAAAACGCAAGAGCUAAAGAUGCAAAAGUAGAAUUAUUGUACAAUCGUCUAAUUACUGUUUCAAAACAGCUCCCGAAAGAUUUAAUAGCAGAUAUCAUUAUAGAAACAGAAAGAACUGUACAUGAUUUGGAUCAUUUGGAAAAAGUUGCUGAAUUACCCGAAAGACUGAAACAUGUUGAUGAACGUAAAAGAGGUCGACUAAGCGAGGAACUUUAUGAAAAGCUGCUCACUAAAAAACUUGCGAUGCCUCGAGAUAAGUUAGGUGCAGUAUGUGUUGUGGAAAUGAUGAUCAUCAUUCUUUACAAUAACGGAAGACACCAUUACAAUCAAAGAAAGUCAGAACAACAGUUGUCCUUGGUGAGCUGUAAUGAGUUGCGACUUGCAUAUUUUCUUGGCGAACAAUUGCAAAAGAACUAUCCCGAAUUUCCUUCUGUACAACGCCUUAUCACCGAGAGAAACGGCAUUUUGUAUAUUUGCCUUUACGGUAGCAAACAAACAGGAAAAUCAGGGAAAGAGAAUGUCACUGCCAUGGACAAAAUUAUCCACAAAUAUGAAAAGAUGCUCAAUGCAAAAGAAUCGAAAUAUUUUGAAUACGGGAUCAUCAAAGUGAGCCAGCACCAACGUCUGCACCAUGACGCAAUGUGUUUGAAGCUUCUCCUAAAAUGUUAUACGAAACGGAUAGCAAACGCCAGUAAAAAGGAGGACAGAGACCGUCACCAUCAAAAAGGUGAGGAAUACGCAAGUAAACUCGAAGAACUUCUACAGGAUCGUCAAAUGCGUCAGUGGCUGGCUGUUCCAGGGUUUCAUGUGCAGCUAGCGAAGUUCUCCGUCAAUUAUGAAAUGGACAGGGCUAUCAAUCAUUUUAAACUGGCUGUUAAGCUGGAGGAAGAAUACAACUUACAAAGGUUGUCCCAUUUCAAACUUCAAGGUCAAUUUGGUCUCGUAGAGUGUUAUAUCAAGGGGGAAUCACCUUCUGAUCUUGAGGAAGCUCGUAAAAUUUGUGACAUGUUGGUGUCCUCCCUCCACGAAUCCAAGUGUAGCAACAAUUAUAAGAAAGCAGUAAAGUACAAGGAGACUGUGGAGGGGCUAGCAAUGUCAUGGAGGAAACAAGAGACAGAAGGCGCACAAGAAACAAGCAAUAUUGAUUAG